UUGCCUGGUUGAACACAAUUGUUCAGUAUGAAUUUAUUGUUUAUUUAGGCAUUAUGGAGGGAUGACAGACACCAGGAGAAAUACAAAACAGGAUCUUUGAGGCCUGACCAAUGGACUGUGGCAGCCCCAACUCGACUUAGCUUAAUUCAGCCUCACCAAACAUGAUCCCAGACUGAUCCCAGACUACAUGGGCUUGAUACAGCUGUCUGAUCCUAGAAUCUUCUUCAAUUCCAGCUAGAAUGCUGUAUCAGAUACUUCGCAGAUUUUUUCAAAAGCUUGUAUGCAAAAAUACGCCAACAGAGCAUGGGAUUCAAGUUAACAUCCACCUGAGCACUCUGGAUUUAGUUGCCCUCGGUGUGGGCCGCACAGUGGGUAUAGGUGUGUAUGUCCUGGCUGGGGAGGUGGCUAGCAGUCAAGCAGGGCCAUCCAUUGUGAUCUGCUUUUUGGUGGCUGGCCUAUCUUCUGUGUUGGCUGGGCUGUGCUAUGCAGAGAUUAGUGCCCGUACCCAGGUUCCCCAUUCUGGCUCUGCAUAUCUCUACAGCUUUGUCACUAUAGGUGAACUCUGGGCUUUCCUCAGUGGCUGGAACCUCAUCCUCUCCUUUGUUGCUGAUACAGCCAUUGUGGCCUGUGCCUGGACCUUAGUUUUUGCCAACCUGAUUGGGAACCAGAUCGCUCAGACUCUUAAUGAGAACAUCUCACCUCAUGUUCCCCAAGUACUUGCAGAAUAUCUAGGCUUCAUUGUUGGGGGCCUAAUGUUGUUACUCAUCGAAUUCAGACUGCCAUUUCAUACAUUUUUCCUGGUUGCCAAAGUGAUUACAUUGGUGAAACUUUUGGUUCAUGGUUUUGUCAUCAUCUCUGGCUUCAUUAAGGGAGACCUGCAAAACUGGAAACUCACAGAAGACGACUAUGUAAAAGCUGGGCUCAAUGACACCUCAAACUUGGGCCCUCUGGGCUCUGGAGGAUUUGUGCCAUUUGGCUUUGAGGGGAUUCUCCGUGGAACAGCUACCUGUUUCUAUGCAUUUAUAGGUUUCAGCAUCAUUCUUACAACAGUCAAGAAAGAGCAGAAUUCCCAGUGUUCCAUCCCCAUGGGCAUUAUGAUUUCACUGUUCAUCUGCUUUGUGCUGUAUUGUGGUGUCUCCUCAGCACUUACGCUUAUGGUGCCUUACUAUCAGCUUCAACGUGGGAGCACCUUGCCUGAGGCAUUUUUCCUUAUUGGCUGGGUACCUGCGUACUAUGUUGUAGCUUUUGGAUUUUUCUGUAGUCUUUCUGCCAGCCUUUUGAGCUUUAUGUUCCCCAUUCAUCGGUUGAUACACAUGAUGGCAAAAGAUGGCCUCCUGUUCCCUGUCCUUGCUAGAGUGUGUACUGGCUCAUACUCCCGCAUCAUGGCUUCUAUGAUAUUUAGUAUUAUUGCAGCAAACAUGGCAUUCUUCUUGGAACUCACUGAUCUUGUGGACCUCAGGUCACUUGAGUCUCUGCUAGCUUAUUCCCUGGUUGCUCUUUGUGUUCUCAUCCUUCGAUAUCAGCAGAGUGGAGGAAAUGAACCAAUGGUUCAGGAGGAGAAUGGACCGGCAGCAGAGAGGCUAACUCUACAAGGACUACUUUUUCCAGGCAGCCCCACCCCCACUCCACUCUCUGGCCGGGUUGUCUGUGUUUGCUCCGCACUGCUUGCUCUGCUGCUAAUUCUUCUUGGCUUGGUGCUGGCCCAGUGGCCAAUUCUGCUUUCUGGAGACCCAGUGUGGAUUUCAGUGGUUGUGCUGCUCCUGGUACUCAUCACUGGGCUUACUGGGGUCGUCUGGAGACAGCCUCAGAGCUCCAGUUCCCUUCACUUUAAGGUCCCUGCUCUGCCUCUUCUCCCACUACUGAGCAUCUUCAUGAAUGUUUACCUUAUGAUGCAGAUGACAGCUGCCACCUAGGCCCGAUUUGGUGUCUGGACGCUGAUUGGGUUUGCUAUCUACUUCAGCUAUGGGAUCCAGCACAGCCUGUCUAUUAACCCCACCUAAGUUAAGGCCAAAACUGUAGACCUUGAACUCAGCAGUGCCAGUACAUAUUCUGCUUGAUAAAAUACACCUGAAUGCAGUCUGGUCCCUUUGCAUAAUAGUGGAGAGUAUUUUUGAGCACAUAGAAAGUUAGGUCUCCCAUGGGAUGCUGAUGUGGGGGAACACUAAUAGAGCUCUGUAUUUAUUGUGGAAUGAAGGAUGUGGCUUUGCUCUUUCUUCUUUAUUAUUUCUUACUUGUAUAUUUGUUAAUUAUUUCUAUA